CGAUGGAUGGCCAUCCCACCAUUCACCAGAUGCCACAUGGAAGUAUGUGGGUCCUAGAGUACACGUGGCAAAGAAAUUUCCACAUUAAAAGCGCACACGUAAGUAGAGCUUAAUGGUAUUUCAGAAAAAGAAAAAAGUAGAGCUUAAUGGAGUAUCAGCGGUCUCAGAACCGAAAGAGUGAAGCUUACAGCCUCUCCUAGUGACUUCUUUUUUUUUUUUUUUUUUUUUCUUCUUAUAGAUGCAGAAAGACAAUAAAUAAAUAAAUAAACCAAAAUAAAAAUAAAAUGGCCCGACAUUUUUUGGAUUCUGAAAAUCCUUUUUCUAGGGACACAAGAUUUCCAUUUUUAUUUUAUUUUUUAUUUUAUCUUUCCAAAAACCAGAAGAAGAAGUAAUUAAACUUAACCACAUAUUUAUUAAAUAUUUAAUUAGAUUUAAAGGUUUGGUUUUUGUUUUUUUUUUUUUUUUUCUUUUUCCCUUUUGGUGAAAUUAAAGCAUCUAGUCAAUCAAUCAAUCAAUCAAUCUUAAAGGUACAUAUCUUCUUCUUGUUAUUGAUAAGAACAAACAACGGGAUGCCUUCAUCUCCAAAACCAACCGAAUCUGGCCGUCGCCGGAACCGCAGCAGAGCCAUAUGUUUGGGAGUGAUGGCCGUGGUGGUGGUAGCCGCCGUAAUAAUAGUGAUUCUGUCGCUGACAGUGUUCAAGCCAAAGCGUCCCGUGACAACCAUCGACGCCGUGUCCCUCGCAGACAUGGACGUCUCCCUCAACGUUGCCAAGUUAGCCGUCGAUCUCAACGUUACCCUCGACGUCGAUCUCUCGGUCAGAAACCCUAACAAGGUCGGCUUCAAGUACGCAGACAGCACCGCCUUCUUGAACUACCGGGGCCAGACGGUGGGCGAGGCUUCCAUCCCCGCCGGAGGGAUCUCGUCGGACGAGACGAAACCGAUGAACCUGACGCUGACGGUCAUGGCAGAUCGCUUGCUAUCGACGUCUCAGAUUUACUCCGACGUGUUGGCCGGGACGGUGCCGUUUAACGCGCGAACCAGAAUAUCCGGGAAGGUCUCGAUUUUGGGGGUGGUGAAGGUGCACGUGGUUUCCACCACUUCAUGUGAUUUCAAUGUGUUUGUCUCCAAUAGAAGCGUUGGGGGCCAGACGUGCCAGUAUAAGACAAAGCUUUGAUUCUUUUUUCUCCACAUGCACUGUUUUGGAAUUAUAUAUAUAUAUAUAUAUAUAUACACACACAUAUAUAUGCCCUGUUUGUUUCUUGUGAAAAUUGACAAGUUUUCUGAAUUAGUUUUAUCAAUUUCUUUGGUCUUCCUUUUGCUAGAGCUUUCUAUUAUUAUUAUUAUUUUCGAGUUUCUGUAAAGCUUCCCAUCGACUAUUAUUAUAGUGAAUUUUUUUUUGGGUAAACUAUUAUUA